UUGCUUUCACUGAGAUCAUGAAGGUGGCGGUGGUGCUGUCGACUGCGCUGCAUUGCGUCUUUGCUUUCGAAUGUGGGCGAAGACACGACUACCAUGGUGGCCACCUGCGGAUAGUGGGAGGCACGGAGGCCAUGCCGAACGAAUUCCCUUGGCAAGUUGAGCUGCCGGACCAAGAGUGUGGAGGUUCCAUCCUCAAUGAAUAUUGGAUAGUUACGGCCGCAUCCUGUGUGAGAAAUGGACAGCGUGGUUUCAAGAUUUUGGCUGGAAAGCAUAACCUGAAAGUGACCGAAAGCACAGAACAGAUCACGGAAGCCUACGAGGUUAUUCAACAUCCCAGCUACGACUCUAGUCCGCGGGAUUAUGACGUAGCCCUGGUCAGACUUGCGCGACCAUUGUCCUUCAAUUACUUCGUUGGGCCAGUCUGCCUACCAGAAAGUUACGAGAGCUACGCCAACGCCUACUGUACCGCCACUGGAUGGGGACAGUUAUAUCACGGUGGGCCUGCACCCGAUCAGCUGCAGAAGGUGGAUCUGCCCGUAUGGGAAAAACAUCAGUGUGUGUUGGCUUACGGACACGAAAUAACUGAUCGAAUGUUCUGCGCGGGAUACGAGCAAGGCGGGAAGGACACCUGCAUUGGUGACACCGGAGGUCCUCUAGUGUGUAAGAGGCGAGAUGGAAGAUGGGACCUGGCCGGCAUCACUUCUUGGGGCAGAGUAUGCGGCGCCCCACACUCGCCUGGCGUCUUCACUAGCGUCACUUCUGUGCUGGCAUGGAUCAAGUCUAUUUUUGGUGAAGGUCACACAGGAUGCGGGAGCCGGAAGGAGGACGGACGGUCGGCGCGUGUAAUUGGCGGUGCAGUUGCCUUGCCUCACGAGUUCCCUUGGCAGGUCUACCUACCCUUCCGAAGAUGUGGUGGUUCCAUUGUAGACGCCAAGUGGGUUAUCACGGCUGCUCAUUGCUUGAGCACAGCGAAGCAACUGUGGCUAUCAGCGGCGUACAGACGUGGACAGAUAGAGACAGGACAGCAGGAAGCAGUAAGGACAUGGAGUCACUUAAUUCGGGGCACUCACAGAGUUGGGACAACCAUCUCCAUCUUGGCGGGAAAACACACACUGGAAACUGAGGAGAGCUCACAGCAGCUGCGGCGCGUAGUGGAGGUCAUCAUACAUCCAAAGUACAGCGAGGACACGAUUGACUUCGACGUUGCUCUUCUCAAGUUGGCGUCGCCUUUGAACUAUAGUGAACAGGUGGGGCCAGUCUGUCUGCCAGAAACCAGAGAAAACUACACAAGUAGCAUUUGUACGGCCUCUGGAUGGGGAAUCUUAUCUCCCGCUGGUCCUCGGGUUGGUUGUCUUCGAAAGGUUGACCUACCGCUUUGGAACCAGAAAGACUGCAAGCUAACAUAUCAGACAUCUGGAUAUCAGAUAACUGACAGGAUGUUGUGUGCUGGUUACAAGCAAGGUGGCAAGGAUACAUGCAGGGGCGACUCAGGAGGCCCCCUGGUGUGCCAGAGAGAAGAUGGAAAAUGGACUCUAGUCGGAGUGACCUCAUGGGGUGGGUCAUGCGGUGCCCCCGGAGAACCCGGAGUAUUCACACGUGUAGCGUCCGUCAUGGAUUGGAUUAAUCGUGUUAUUGAUUUAUUCAUGAAAUCAGCAUCGUGUAGGUCCGCCGGUUACUAUACUUAUUGUAAGCUUCGUCGGAGAGGACGCUCACGGCCAAGCUGUGCUCCGCAGGGAACGAUGAAACUCGUUAUAGUUCUCGUGGCUGCUUUUAGCAGCGCUCUAGCUGGAAAAACUUGCGGCAAAAGGCGACACGAUGCUGAUAUUCAGCGCAUUGUGGGCGGUAAACCCGCUAAACCUCACGAGUUUCCCUGGCAAGUAGAAGUCCGUAUUAACGGCAGCCACUGGUGCGGAGCAUCUGUCUUGAACAAAAAGUGGAUCAUCGGUGCUGCACACUGCUUCCGUAACCCUGGGAAUCCGGAUUACUGGUUCGUGUUUGGGAAACACAACAUCACUAAGAAAGAGAAGCUACAAGAGAGUCGACGUGUCAGCAGUAGCAGGAUCAUUCGACAUCCGAAAUACAACAUUCACGUCCAUUCGGACUACGACGUAGCCCUAAUCCCAUUAUCCAAGCCACUGCAGCUGAACAAGAACCCUCACAUCGCUCCCAUCUGUCUUCCAGAAGAAGACGAUGAGUUCGUCGAUGUUAUGUGUACUGCCACUGGAUGGGGAAGGACGGACAGUGGUGUUGAGUCGGACGUACUGUAUAAAGUCGACGUUCCAGUAUGGAGAGACGAGGACUGUCGUCGGUCCUACACAGAUGAGAUCACAGAAAGCAUGAUGUGUGCGGGCUACCCGGAUGGUGGAAAGGAUUCUUGCCAUGGUGAUUCUGGUGGUCCCCUCGUAUGCCCGAUAAACGACGACACUUGGGUUCUGGCAGGGAUCACGUCUUGGGGCUGGUACUGUGGUUUACCGAACAGCCCUGGUGUGUACACGCGCGUCACAUCUGUGUUGGAUUGGAUUGUCAACACAAUUAAAGGAUCGUACGAGGUGGACAUAGGUAUCCAUCCAGUGGAUCCCAACCACUACAAAAUUCUUGGCCGCGAGAAGGCGGACGAGUCUGCAAGAGAAGCCCACUCCCUGACAUGCAGGGAAAACAUACCUCUGACCAAAGACGACAUCAAAAGGGCAGCAAAGCGAAUGGCAGGUGUGGAGAUGAAGAAGCUACUGGCCAAUUUACUAUGGAGACACCUCAGGCUUGUCGCCCUCGAAGGUCCAUAUACGAGGGGUGUUCAAGUCAAACCGGGACUUCUCAUUUUUCGUAUAAUCGUCGCAGCUGAAGUGGCGGCCUCCAAGGACCGCCUUCAGUGGCCCGAAGAGAUGGAAAUCGCUGGGGGCGAGGUCUGGACUGUAAUGGGGAUGUGGCAGCAACUCCCAGCCAAGUUCCUGCAAGGUAAGCUUCGUCGGAGAGGACGCUCACAGCCAAGCUGUGCACCGCAGGGAACGAUGAAACUCGUUAUAGUUCUCGUGGCUGCUCUUAGCAGCGCUCUAGCUGGAAAAACUUGCGGCCAAAGGCGACACGACGCUGAUAUUCAUCGCAUUGUGGGCGGUAAACCCGCUAAACCUCAUGAGUUCCCCUGGCAAGUAGAAGUCCUCAAGAACGGCUUCCAGCAUUGCGGAGCAUCUGUCCUGAACAAAAAGUGGAUCAUCGGUGCUGCACACUGCUUCCGUGACCCUGAGAUUCCGGAGUACUGGUUCGUGUUUGGAAAACACAACAUCACUAAGAAAGAGAAGUUGCAAGAGACUCGACGUGUUAGCAGUAGCAGGAUCAUUCGACAUCCGAAAUUCGACAUUGACGCCCAGUGGGACUACGACGUAGCCCUAAUCCCAUUAUCCAAGCCACUGCAGCUGAACAAGAACCCUCACAUCGCUCCCAUCUGUCUUCCAGAAGAAGACGAAGAUUUCGUCGAUGUUAUGUGUACUGCCACUGGAUGGGGAUUGACGGGCAGCGGUCAUGGGACGGACGUACUAUAUAAAGUCGACGUUCCAGUAUGGAGAGACGAGGACUGUCGUCGGUCCUACAGACAUGCGAUCACAGAAAGCAUGAUGUGUGCGGGCUACCCACAAGGUGGAAAGGAUACUUGCGGUGGUGAUUCUGGUGGUCCCCUCGUAUGCCCGAUAAACGACGACACUUGGGUUCUGGCAGGGAUCACGUCUUGGGGCAGAGACUGUGGCCUUCCGAACAGCCCCGGGGUGUACACGCGCGUCACAUCUGUGUUAGACUGGAUUGUCGACACAAUUAAAAGAUCUUAACGUGAAAGUAUUGAGAGAGCACUCAAUACUUGGUCACCGCACAAGCAGACGAGAACCCUUCUCAAGAUCGCGCUGCUCAGUGGACCAUAUAUAUAUUUUUUUUUUAUUCAACAAAAAUCAUGUCAAAGUAUUGAUCAAUAAAGUUCAUACUGUAAAAUACA